AUGGCAGGCGGCGGCGGGAAGGUGGCCUGCGCGGCGUGGAUCCGGCGCCGGGAGGACAAGGCCACCCGCGUCUUCGCGGUGCACGGCCGGCCCUCCCCGCCGGCCCUGGAGGUCCUCGGCUUCGACUCCGGGAGCUGCUCGCUCUCCGAGGAGCCCCUGGCGAGGAUUGUGCUCGGGGAGGACCCAGGCGACGCGCCGCUCGCCGUCGCGGUGCACCCCACCGGCGACGAGCUCGUGUGUGCCACGGCCAAGGGGUGCAGGCUAUUUAAACUGAUUUUUGAAGAGUUCACCGUUCGCUUUAUUGAAAGUAAAGCUCCAGCUAUCGAAUCUGUUGGACUGCAGAAAUGUCUUGCCUACAGCACAGAUGGUUCUAAAUUUGCUAUCGGUGGUGAGGAUGGGCAUCUAAGAAUAUUUCAUUGGCCAAGCAUGAAGGUGCUCUUAGAUGAACCCAACGCUCAUAAAUCCUUCAGAGACAUGGAUAUCAGCUUAGAUUCAGAGUUUUUAGUUUCAUCGUCUACUGAUGGUACUGCAAGAAUUUGGAAGAUAAAUGAGGGGGUACCAUUGGUCAACUUGACUCGAUCUUCGGACGAGAAGAUUGAGUGUUGCCGCUUUUCUAGGGAUGGCAUGAAACCAUUCCUGUUUUGCACAGUUGCAAAAGGUAGCAAAGCUGUGACUGUUGUUUGGAACAUAAGUGAUUGGUCUAGAAUUGGGUAUAAAAGACUACUGGCAAAACCUGUCUCCACACUUUCAGUUAGCUUGGAUGGGAAGUUUCUGGCUUUAGGAAGCCACGAUGGUGAUUUUUGUGUUGUGGAUGUAAAGGAGAUGGAGAUUUCUCACUGGAGCAAGAAGGUCCAUCUUGGUUCCCCUAUAUGCCGAAUUGAAUUUUGUCCUACUGAAAGAGUUGUAAUCUCCACAUCGCCACAGUGGGGAGCAGAGCUGACAAGACUGAAUGUGCCUGCUGACUGGAAAGAAUGGCAAAUCUGGCUCAUACUCUUGGCGCUCUUCCUUGCAUCAGCCAUCCUGUUCUACGUAUUCUACCAGAACUCCGGUUCCUUCUGGAGCGGAACGCCCCGACGGGACGUCAUCGACCUACCAAGCCAUGCAGAGUUCUGA